AUGGCGAAACCCGAGCUCGCGCCGGCGCGCGCAAGCGCCGUAAAUAAAGAGGUCGCCGAGAGCGGGCCGGAAGCGUCUCGGGCGUCGAAUCCGUCUCCUUCGCGGCCCUCUGCGUCGCGUUUCUCUGCGGAGAGCGCGGAUUCGGUUUUUCCUUCUCUCGCGUACAAGGAGGAAGUUGUCGAUGUGCUCAUGAGGGAGGAUGCGCUGGCAGUUUUGGCGAAGGGCCUGGACGUCCACGGCGUUCUUCUGCUUCUGCUUCGCCGUCUCCAGUGCCGCAGAAGGCCCCGGAGAACCUCCUCAAGGGAGCACGCGAACAACUCCGACGGGCGGGCACCUGCAGCAGACGGCAGCGUCGGAGCGGCUAGCGAAAGGAGCUCGGGAGUACGCACACCUGGAGACGCCGGAAGAGCUACACUCGGGGCCCGGAGUUCGCAAGACGCAGUGGGCAGUUUGGCGUCUCCGAAGCUCAUCUUCGUGUUGAACGUUUCUCAGGAAGAGUGCGAGCUGCUUCAGCUGCGGCAGCUGCAGCUCGAGCAACAACUCGCCGAGCGCGCGCGCCUGCGGCAACUCAUUCGAGAGCAGCGGUUGCGUCAGAGUGAGCAACCGGGAGGAGGUGCUUCCGCAGUCAGCGACGCGCCUGCGCCAGCAGGUGUCGCCGCGUCGCCCGUGUCUCCUUCUUCCGGUGCUGCCUCGUCUGCGUCGUUUUCGGCGCUGCCGCGGCCGCUCCUGCUGCGCUACGUCGGCAGCGGCACAGGGGCGAGCUGCGAAGGGUCGAUGACAUGGGCACAGCGCGAGAAGCUCUACGCGAAGGGCGGUUGUUUUUCGGUCUCCUCUCGCGUCAUGGUCGGCGACUUGCUGUCGGGAAAGCUGCCUCCGGAGGUGAUUGACUGCAUCGUCGUGAUGCACGCCGACACCGUCUGUCGCGGCUUCAGCGAGGCCUUCAUCGUUCGGCUCUACAGACAGCGCAACCGGCUCGGCGGCCUCAAGGCGAUCUGCGACAAUCCGUCGGCCUUCUUCUCCUCCUCCCUGAGCCGGAAAUACAAUAUCUCCAUCUUCGGCCUCCUCGAGCGAACGAUGAAGCAACUCUGGCUGCAGCGCGUCCACCUCUUCCCGAGAGACGCUCCAGUCGUCCAGCGGAGCCUAGAAGCUGCGUCGCAACCUGAGAGCCUGGAGGUGCUUCUGCGGCCGUCAACAGCGACUCUGGAAAUUCAGCAGGCGAUCACGCUGCUGCUUCAGUCGGGGCUCGACUUCCUCAAGCGCAUUCGCGCGCUGAACCUCGACAACCUGUACGACGCGCGCUCACUCAUCCUCGGCGGCCGCGCCGCAGUCGCCGAGCGCGCCGCGGAGCUGCUCCAACAGCUGGCAGCCUCCAAGGAGGAAGGCGCGGGGCCGGAAGGCUCCGGCGGGCCUGGCGCCCCGCGAGAAAGCGGGGCAGGCGGCCCCGGGGCAGCCGGAGGCCGGGCCCCCGCCCCGGGGGCUUCGGCGCCCAGUCUCGCGGAGGGAGGCGAGGGCAGCGCGAACACCUUCGUCGCGUCGGUCAAAGAGAGCGCCGAAGCUCUCUGGCACAAGCUCGAUGGAAAAACGCGGCAGUUCGUGGCGGACUUGAGCGUGCUGCGGAAUCUCCUCUGGCGGCUCUACCGUCUCGACGCAGUUGCCUUCUUCUCCCUGCUCGAGUCGCUGAAGGCCUCCAAAGUCCUCGAUGCCGGAUGGACGUGCACCACUGAAAUGCACAUUCUCUUCAAUCGCGCUCAAAGCAGGGUCUUCUCGCUGAAGCGUGUGCCGCACAGCGAGGCCCUAGGCUCUCCUUCCAAGCUCGCGAAGCCGCGCGGGGGAGAGCGCGCCGCGGCUUCCUCACUCAAAUCCGAGGGCGAGGCGGCAGAAGGAGACGCUGACGUCGUCUGCGUCGGGGUAGCGAGCGAGGCAGAGGACGCGCAGACUUCGGCAGUCGUCGGGCGGGCGGCGACGCAGCCGAGGGGGGAGGGCAACUCUGAUCGCUGCGAGCCUGUGGGCGCCUCCUGCGGCGCACCAGCCAAGCGGGAGCCGACAGGAGGACACGAGGCCUCCGUCUCUUCUCUGGCGGUCUCUGCGGGCUGUGCGGCGACUGCCUUCUCGCGCUCGCCAGCCUGCUCGCUAACUGCUCCUCUGACUGCGGCUGCUUCGCGGGAAGCCCUCUGGGUGAAGAAGGCCGUUUUGGUACACGAGCCGAACGCCAAGUGGGAGUGGCUUGUGCGGUUUCUUUGGCACUGCACUGUCAGCGACGAGCUCUACGAGAAGCUCCUGCGCGAGCAGCGCCCGCGAGACGGCGCGAGCGGCGCAGAAGGUGGUGGUGCGGCGCAGGCGGUGUCGGCGGCGGCGGGCGAGGCAUCUGCGCUUGGCAACAAGCGCGCGCGAGGCGAAGCUGAAAGCUCAGACGCGGCGGGUGGAGCGGCGGGAGGUGACGAGGAGACAGGGGAGUCGCGGGCCUCGGGGGAAGGACGCAGAGAGGAGGAACGAUUCUUGGCGAUCGAGGACGUGGAACCGCGGAGCGCCAAGAGGCCGCGGAGAAACGAAGCCCCGGCGACGCCAGGUCUCACUUCUCUUCCGUCCCCAGCGUCUUCUUCCUCUUGUUGUUUUUCUCCUUCCUUUUCUGAUCGUUUCUCUUCUUUUUCCUCUAGUUCGACGUCUUUUUUGUCGUCUUCUCUCUCUUCGCCUGGCGUGGGCGGGGCGCCGCUUUCGAGCGAGGCCCUGGAGAGCUCGGCAGCGGCGGGUGGUGGGGCGGAAGGCGACGCGAUGGAGGACGACGAUGGCGAGCGCAUGCGGAGGCGGAAGCUGGUCUUGGGGGGCGAGCCCGACGCAGGCUCGAGAGCCGAGUCUGACGACGGCGAAGUGGUGCCCGAUGACCCAGACGCGGAAAACGACUCAGAUGGGAGUGACGACGCGGGCUGCAAGGGCAGGGCGGUGAAGGCUGAUUCCGCCUUGUCGUCUGUCGCCUUUUCUUCUCCCUGCCUCGCGUCGCCGGCCUCCUCUCCCCCCUCUACGGGGUCGGCUGCCUUCGCGCCGUUUCGGCCGCGCUACCGGAUUUUAUUUCUUGUCGAGGACGAGGCGACGCAUCGUCAGCUGCGUCUUCUCUUCAUGCUGGGCUCCCGCCGCCUCCUCCUCUCUUCGCUGCGUCAGCAUCUCUUCUCCUCUUCUUCUCCCUCUUCAUCUUCCUCUUCUUUUUCGUCUUCCUCUUCUUCUUUGGCGUCCGGUGCCGCGACGGGUCCCGGCGCGCCUGCGGCUGCCGCACCUCCGUCCUCCGCCCUCGCCGCAGCCUUUCUUCCGCUUUUCUCUCGAGGCGUGGCGCGCGUUCGCCCCUCGCCCGGCGACCGCGAGAGGGACAGGGACGGCCGCGGCGGGGGGCGGCUGAGCGAGACGGCGCAUCUGCUGCGGCUCGCGCUGCGAGAAGAAGAAGCGAAAAGCUCGCCGUCGGUCUCCUGGGCGCAGGCGAUGGAAGACCAACUGCUCACCGACCGCGUCAUGCGAAAAAACGUCGCGAGACGAACGCGGAAACUUCGAAUUCGCCCGACGCCGUUCAUCGUGAGCGCAAGCGCGGGCGUCGGCGCCGUGGCGUACGCGCUGCGGGAUAUUCUUCCGCACGCGGUAGUUCUCGUGGAUCCCCAGCCGUCGCUCGUCCGCGAAGUCGAGGUCUUCUGCGCCGAGCGCCGGUCGCUCCACGGCCUCCUCGAGGAGGCGCGGGGCCUCGCGCGGCUGGAAGCAGAAAGGGCGCCACAGGGCGCAGCGACAGCGCAGGGCGCAGCGACAGCGCAGGGCGCAGCGACAGCGCAGGGCGCAGCGACAGCGCAGGGCGCAGCGAUAGCGCAGGGCGCAGCGACAGCGCAGGGCGCGGGGGAAGCGAAGGCCGGGGCGCACCCCACAGACCCACAGCCCAAGACGGAGACCCGCGCCCAAGCCCCAGAAGAGAGACCAGCGGAAGUUCUGAGCGACGACGAUGUGCAAACGCUUGCCGUGCAUCGCAGGCCCGCUGCGUCCUCUUCGUUCUCGUUCACGAGCGGAGCCUCGGCUUCACCACUCGCCUGCGCUGCCGCAAAGUCGCCUUCCCGCGCGUGCGGCGGCGCGGCCUCGUCUGCGCCGCCGUCGGAAGGCCGCGCGGACGCCCUCUUGUCGGCGUUCCCGCCGUAUGUAUUCUCCGGCGGUGAUCUGCGCGUGUUUGUGUUGGUGCUGCAACAGUCCGUGGAGCUUCAGCAGUAUCUGUCCAACAUUCAGGUGGAGAAGACCGCCUGGCGGAUGCUUUUUCAGCAGAAACAGCACCUCCUCGUUCCACUCGAUGACCUGCUAGCUGCGACACCUCUCCCGCCUUCGCUGUCUCCGUCCUCGGAGUGGGAUGCGCUUCUCGCCGCGCGGCGUGAAGACGAGCGGGCGCUUCUCGCGUCGCAGGCGGCGGACGCGAAGCGGCACGGGGGAGGCUGCGACGAGGCCUCCGCUGAAGCGGCGCCUCCGCCCGAGGGGGAGUGGCUCUCGCCGGCGUGUCGCCCGCACCCGCUCUUCGGGCGAGGCCUCACGACCGCGGAGACCGCCGCGAUUGGGCUUCAGUGGAAGCAGCAGUUGGGCGCGAUGGGGGUCGGCAGCCAGGGGCUCGACUCCUCGCGCAGAGGCGGAGGCCGCGAUGCGUUUCUCAGGCAGCAGCUCGAGAAGGAGUUGAAGCGGAGGGGCGCCGAAGGCGACGCAACAAAGCCCGGCGGCGGGGGAGACAGGCCGGCGCAGGCCAGCGGCGGGCGCGGCGAAGGAGAUAGACUCGUGUCCGCCGCUGCCUUGGAGCUUCUUCAGCCCAAGGUCGUCGUGGACAUGCGCGAAAUGCGCUCGUCGCUUCCAUUCGAACUCUUCUGCAAGCGUCUGCGCGUGGUGCCGCUCACCUUCGGAGUUGGCGACUACGUGCUCACGAGAGAAAUCUGCGUAGAGAGGAAAGCGAUUUUUGAUUUGUGGCAGUCGCUGCUUUCGGGGCGACUGUACCAGCAGGCGCAGCUGCUGUGCCGCUACUACCGGUGUCCGACUCUGUUGAUUGAGUUUGAGCGCGGGCGGCCUUUCUCGCUCGUGGGGUAUCCUGGAUUGCCGCUUGAGGCCGAGAGUCUGCGGGCGCUGGGGAACACUGCGAUCGGCUGCUGCUCGCUGCUUCACAAGCUGCUGCUGCUUGUCCUUCACUUCCCGGCUCUCCGACUCAUCUGGGCUCCGCACACGGCCUUCGCUGCAAACCUCUUCAUCGCUCUCAAAACGGGGCGCGAGCAGCCGGACGUCAGUCGCAUCGAGGCGAUCGACCGCGAGUUCCUCGUGGAAGGCGACGACGCGGAAGACACGCGGCGCGCCCUGAAGAUGCGCCCACACACGUCCUUUCAGAGCACCUUUGCGAUGCUGGGCAGCAAGGCGAAGUUGUCGAGCGCGAAAAACGAGGACGACAAGCUCGCCGCAGACGCCUUCGAGCUGCGCGAGACGAUUUCGCUGCUGGACGAGGAUGAAGAUACCGACGGCGCGCGCGCGGGCAGCCCGCCGAGGCGCGGCGAUUCCGCAGCGACGCCCCAGGAGGGCGCGUCGGCUUCCGCUUUGGCAGCCACGACCAGCGAGGCGUCGAGCAAGGGGGAAAGUGAAAGCAAGCUCGGCAGUCUCGCUGCUGCCGGCAGCCAGCUGCAGCUUGUCCGGGGACAUUUAGACCGGGGCGGUGCGAAAGGUCGAGCCUCCGCGGGGUUGCGCGAGGUGAGGACAGGAUCUGAGAAAAAAGGCUACGCAAGAGGCCGACAGAGGCAGCUGGCUUUCUGUCCUGCGUCGUCAUUCGACGGCGGAAAAAAAGGCGCGGCCUCCGCCGAGAAGGCCCUCGUGGCUGUCUCUGCGGGGAACCACAGCCGCAGUCAGACCAGCCUCGCGAGCGGCGAGACCUCUCCCGCGCUUCGCCCGGCCUCAGCGGCGACAAACUCUGCAGCGGUCGACUUUCUCCGCCGCCUGCCGGGCGUGACUAGCAAAAACAUCAAUCUCAUUGUCUCGCGGGUGCCCAGUCUGGCGGAUCUCGCCGCCAUGUCGGAGAAGGAAUUGAAGAAUUUGAUGGGCGAGUAG